GAUGCUGCAGCCAAGAUGGCGCUGGCGCCGGCCGUGGCAGCGUGAACGUCAUGCUCCGGGCUCGCGGCGGGCUCACUGGUGGCGGCAGCGGCAGCGGCAGCGGCAGCGGCUGGGGCCUCAGCCGGAGCCUCGAGUCUCUCGAGUCUGUUCCGCGUUUGGUCGCCCGGGCGCCCCUCCUCCGGCCGGGUGAGUCCGCUCAGGGUCAGAGUGGAGACGGCCCCCAAGAGAAGAGGCUGUGAGGAGCGGCGAGAGCGCGCGGCUCCUCGCGCCCCGGCACCAUGGCCGGGAUCAUCAAGAAGCAGAUCCUGAAGCACCUCUCCAGAUUUACCAAAAAUUUAUCUCCUGACAAGAUAAAUCUAAGUACCCUUAAAGGAGAAGGUGAAUUGAAGAAUUUGGAGUUGGAUGAAGAGGUACUCCAGAACAUGUUGGACUUACCCACAUGGCUUGCGAUCAGCAAAGUUUUUUGUAAUAAAGCAUCCAUUAGGAUCCCAUGGACAAAACUGAAAACACAUCCUAUCUGUUUGUCUUUAGAUAAAGUAAUAAUGGAGAUGAGUACUUGUGAAGAACCUCGAGCCCCUAAUGGCCCAUCACCAAUUGCAACUGCUUCAGGACAAAGUGAAUAUGGCUUUGCUGAAAAAGUAGUUGAGGGAAUUACUGUUUCUGUAAAUUCUAUUGUCAUCAGAAUUGGAGCAAAAGCUUUCAAUGCGUCUUUUGAACUUUCUCAGCUGCGGAUCUAUAGUGUCAAUACAAACUGGGAGCAUGGAGAUUUAAGGUUUACUCGUAUUCAAGAUCCACAGAGAGGAGAAGUUUUGACAUUUAAAGAAAUAAAUUGGCAGAUGAUUCGAAUAGAGGCAGAUGCUACCCAAAGUUCACAUCUUGAAAUUAUGAGUGCUCCUGUUCGAUUAAUAACCAACCAAUCAAAAAUCAGAGUCACACUUAAAAGAAGAUUAAAAGACUGCAAUGUCAUAGCAACAAAGUUAGUUCUAAUAUUGGAUGAUUUAUUAUGGGUUUUAACGGAUUCACAGUUGAAGGCUAUGGUACAAUAUGCAAAAUCUCUUAGUGAAGCAAUAGAAAAAUCAACAGAACAAAGGAAGAGUAUGGCUCCUGAACCCACACAGAGCUCUACAGCUACUCCAUCUGCUCAGCACGUGAAGACGCCCCAGACUUCCAACGCUCCUGAUCUGAAUGAUGCAAUUGUGAAGCUAUUCAGUGAUUUUGAUGUGAAGGAAACCUCCCAUCAUUUAGUGAUUUCUCAUCUGGAUUUACACAUAUGUGAUGAUAUUCAUGCAAAAGAAAAAGAGUCAAACAGACGUAUCACUGGAGGUGCUAUGCAGCUCUCUUUUACAUACUUAACUAUAGAUUAUUAUCCUUAUCAUAAAGCAGGAGAUAGUUGUAAUCAUUGGAUGUAUUUUAGUGAUGCAACCAAAACGAAAACUGGAUGGGCCAAUGAGCUGUUACAUGAAUUUGAGUGCAAUGUUGAAAUGCUUAAACAGGCUGUGAAGGAUCAUAAUGAAGGCUCACCCCCUAAAUCCCCGACACAUGGCUCUCCCCAGCACACACAAGCAGAGAAGGACUCUGCACUGAAAGGGACCUCCAGAAUGCCUACAGCAUUGCCUCAGCAAUCAAAAGCUAAGCUGAUGUCCAGCUCUGUUGUCGUUAGACUUGCAGAUUUCAAUAUAUACCAGGUCUCUACAGCAGAACAGUGUCAUUCUUCCCCCAAAAGUAUGAUUUCCUGCAAUAAAAAAUCACUGUACCUUCCACAAGAAAUGUCAGCUGUCUAUAUAGAAUUCACAGAAUAUUACUAUCCUGAUGGAAAGGAUUUUCCAAUUCCAUCUCCCAACCUUUAUGGCCAGCUGAAUGCACUGCAGUUUACUGUGGAUGAGAGAAGCAUUCUGUGGUUAAACCAGUUUCUGUUGGAUUUAAAACAGAGUCUUAAUCAGUUCAUGACUGUGUACAAAUUGAAUGACAAUUCAAAAUCUGAUGAGCAUGUUGAUAUUCGAGUUGAUGGCUUAAUGCUAAAGUUUGUCAUUCCUUCCGAAAUGAAACCUGAGUGUCACCAAGAUCAACCACAUGCAGUUUCCAUCCAGAGCUCUGAAAUGAUUGCUACCAACACGCGGCACUGUCCAAACUGUCGGCAUUCUGAUUUAGAAGCUUUGUUUCAAGACUUCAAAGAUUGUGAUUUUUUUAGUAAAGCAUAUACUAGCUUCCCUAAGUCUUGUGAUAGCUUUAAUCUUCUACAUCCAAUAUUCCAAAGACAUGCUCAUGAACAGGAUACCAAAAUGCAUGAAGUUUACAAAGGAAAUAUUACUCCCAAAUUGAAUAAACACACUCUUAAAACUUCUGCUGCCAAGGAUGUUUGGGCUGUGUACUUUUCUCAAUUUUGGAUAGAUUAUGAAGGGAUGAAAAGUGGAAAAGGACGACCAGUAAGUUUUGUUGACUCUUUCCCUCUAUCUAUCUGGAUUUGUCAGCCAGCAAGGUAUGCAGAGUCACAAAAAGAGCUGCAGACUUGUAAUCAGGUACCCAUAAAUACAUCACAGAGUGAGUCUAGUGAUCUGACUGGCCGACUGAAGCGGAAGAAGCUCUUAAAGGAGUAUUAUAGCACAGAGUCUGAACCUGUGACAAAUGAUGGCCAGAAACCUUCAUCAGAUAUAUCAUUAAGAAUUUCCUCUUCAUCAUCAGAUGCUGAUAUUCAUGUUCUGGUUCGUGUUCAGAAACAUGUUAGUAUGCAGAUCAAUCACUACCAGUAUCUACUUCUACUUUUCCUGCACGAGUCACUUAUUCUGCUUUCAGAUAACUUAAGGAAAGACGUAGAAGCUGUGACAGGCAGUCCACCUACUCAGAUGUCCAUUUGCAUUGGAAUUUUACUCAGAAGUGCAGAACUGGCUCUUUUGCUGCACCCAGUAGAUCAAGCAAAUCCUUUGAAGUCUCCUGUUUCAGAUAGUGGGAGCCCAAUGGUUCCUGAGGAUUUGCCACCAGGAAAUGGAGAAUUUUUGUCUUCAAAAAGAAAACAAGUUAGUAGUGGCAUAAAUCAAAUUAGAAGUGUAGCUGUUAAUCAUAUGUCAGACAACAGAUCUAUGAGUGUUGACCUUAGCCAUGUCCCUUUAAAGGACCCUUUGCUUUUUAAAUCAGCUAGUGAUACAAAUCUACAAAAAGGUACUUUGCUGGACUAUUUGUCUGAUAAACAUUUAGGGAAAAUAAGUGAAGAUGAGAGUAGUGGAUUUGUUUACAAAGGUGGCUCAGGAGAAAUUGGAUCAGAAAUAAAGGACAGGAAAGAUUCAUUUCACACAGAUUCAAAUCGUGUCUUAAACUAUCAGGCAGACUGGAAUAGGCUGUCAUUUGAUAAUGAUGGUCAUCAAAACAUACUUCCAAAUAGUUUAACUAGGAAAGGAAGUGAAACCACAGAGUCAAAUGUUAAGCCUGAAGAUUUGAUUCCAGAUGGAGUUGCAUCCCCUGACAACCUGGAAGUCAGUAAAGAGGAGGCAUCUGCAGUUAGAACACUUAAGUCACAGUCAUCUUUAAGUGGGAAGUCUAAGGAACGUUGCCCGCCCAACCUGCCACCACUCAGUGUUUCCCAUAAGAGCAUGAAAAGAAGCUCGUCACAGGUCUCGCUGGACACCAUUUCCCUCGACAGCAUGAUUCUGGAAGAACAGUUGUUGGAAAGUGAUGGAAGUGAUAGUCAUGUACUUUUGGAAAAAGAAAUUAAAAAGAACUCUACUGCCAAUUACCAGAGUCCAGCGGAAAGUGUGAGCACCAGUGGAAAUCUGCAGAAAUAUGGUGAAUCCUCCCCAGAUGCUGUUAGUACGAAUUCAGAGGGUGCUCAAGAGAACCAUGAUGACCUGAUGUCAGUUGUGGUGUUUAAAAUUACUGGUGUUAAUGGGGAAAUUGAUAUCCGAGGAGAAGAUACAGAGAUGUGUCUUCAAGUGAACCAGGUGACACCACAUCAGUUGGGCAAUAUCAGUCUUCGGCAUUAUCUUUGUAAUCGUGCAGUUGGUUCUGAUCAGAAAUCUGCAUUUCAUUCCAAAUCCUCUCCUGAGAUUUCACUGAGGUUUGAAAGUGGGCCUAGUGCUGUAAUACAUUCAUUGCUUGCAGAAAAAAAUGGAUUUCUACAAUGCCAUAUAGAAAACUUUAGUACUGAGUUUCUUACAUCUUCUCUGAUGAAUAUUCAACAUUUUUUGGAAGAUGAAACUGUUGCAACAGUAAUGCCAAUGAAGAUACAAGUUUCUAACACAAAAAUAAAUUUAAAAGAUGACAGUCCUCGGAGUAGUACAGCAUCUCUUGAACCAACGCCUGUAACUGUGCAUAUUGAUCAUCUUGUGGUAGAAAGAAAUGAUGAUGGCUCUUUUCAUAUCAGAGAUUCUCAUAUCAUUAACUCUGAAAACAAUUUGAGAGAAAAUGUCAGAAGCGGUUGUACCCUGCUGGCCAGUGACAGGUGUGGCCAGAAGAAACAGCACUUCAUCACACAAGCUACUCAGACGAGCCCCGAGGCCCUGGGGCCCCCUCAGGUGGUCAGCUUUGUUGGAUGCUCUUUUGACUGCACACGAGAGCAGCUCAUAGAAGAGAAUGAAUGUCUUAAGCAGGAACUGGCUAAAGCCAAAAUGGCCCUUGCAGAGGCUCACUUGGAAAAAGAUGCACUUCUUCAUCAGAUAAAGAAGAUGACAGGUGAAUAACAGCAGUGGUUCUCAGAACCCAGAGUACAGCUCAGGAGUAAGAAGGUUGUGUUUCGAGUGUACAUGUUACCGUGCGUGGAAGACUUUCAUUUUCAGGAAAUUAAAGUGAUACGGAAUGUGGUGAAGUGGUGACUAUCUCAAAGCCAGUUUGGAAAGUAUUAGGUACAAACAUUACAAUCUUGUAGUUAUUUUGCAUUUGGGGAUUCAACCCUUUUUUACACUGGUGUGAUCCAGGGAAGUCCACACAUACUGUAAAAUAAUUCCAUGCUGAUGAUAACGAGAUGUUAUUUCCUAAUUUUGAUAAUCUCAUAUAAGAAUUUUUUUAAAAGAAAAGAAAACCUGUUGUGUUCACAUGAAUUACUGAAUUUAUUUCUCAUUGUUUGUUAAUAAUUUGCUACUCUUUACAGAGAUUCAAAUGCUUUUAGGGCUCAUGUAAAGUUAAAGGAGACUUACAGUUUAAAUGUUAUUGAAAUGAUGUAUUUAAAUCUAUAAUUAUUUAAUUACUGUAAAAGUCUAAUUGAAUUAAUAAAUUAUAUAAUUAAUAAGUUGAACUCUGAAAAACCCUACUGAACUUAUUAAAGUAACUUGAAAAUGUGAAAAAAGUCACUGUUAGAUAAUGGGUAAACUAUGUAAAUGGAAGCUACACUUUUCAACAAAAAGGUGAUACAAAUAUAAAAAGCACAAAUAUUAGUAUAGUCAAGUGAUUUAAAAGGCAUUACUUGUACAUUCCUUUAAAAUUUUAUUGCUAAAGUAAAAUUUGAUUGUCCUAAAUUUGGCAGCAUUUGUAAGUAUAAAAAUUUUAAUUAAUACUAUUUGUAUUAUUUCUUUACCUUUAUCAUUCCUCUUUAAGAAGAAUGUUUUUGGGGAAUGUGCCUUUCACACACUUAAAAUAAUUUCAUACCAUUCUUGUAAUAUAUUAGAUAGGUGUUUGCACAUACUGAAUUUAUAAAGCUAGUUUUAAUUAAAACUGUGAUAUAUAAAUAUAUAUAUAUAUAUACAUAUAUAAUCUAUGAUAUGAGUUAUUGCUAAAUUUUUAAUUCUAUUUUCUAGGAAUUAAGGUUGAAAACAACAUGAGAGGGAAUGUUAAUCAUACUUUAUGAAAUAAAAGAAUGUGAAUGUAAAAGUCAAAGGCUUUGAAGAUCUAAAGUAUAUCUCUGAUAGAAUUAAACUAGUUGGUGUCUAUUUUAAAAAUUCACUGUCUUAGACGUAGUCAUAUCCAAAUUAGAAGAGGAAACACCUGGACUACCUUUUUUUUUUAAAGAUACUUGAAAGUUCUGAAUCAUGUUGCCACACUUUCUGGUGCUUUGCUUGCUUGGCAUGACUUAUGAAGCUGACCUUACGCUGGGUGCUUGGGGGAAAAACACUCGUUUACAUCUUGUUGGAAUGAUUUUGGUUUUGGUAAAACAGUUCUGGCCUUUUUUUCUUGUAUGUCAUCCAUUGUCAUUGACAUUCCUUAAGUAUGCAGAAACUGUUCUGGGAGCUGAGGACACAGGGAAGAACAAAUUGAACUGUUAUUUUACCACAGAGUAUUUUACAAAUUAUGUGAAACUGUGCUAACCUAAAGCUGUAUAUUACCUGUAGAUUAAAUACAGAGGUCUAAUUAAAGAUUUAAACUGUAUAUCUUACAUUUUUAAGUGGAGAGAUUUUGAUUUGUAGGUAUGUACUUAGCAGAAACAGUCUCUAUUAUGGAAAAGGAUUGAUGAGACUUUAAUUUCUUCUGAGCUGAUGAUGUUUCUAUUACCUUGUUCUGUAUUUUUUUUCCUGUGGCAUAAUUGCUUAAUGUUAUAGAAGCUGAUUGUUUUCCUUAUUCUUUUUAAGUGUAUUUGACCUUCCCAAGAAAAUCAUAUAAACAAGAGUUGAUAAAAUUCUGAACAUUCUA